CAAGGACAAUGAAUAAUCUUUGGGUAUUAUUAACGAAAGCCAGUUUGCCUUCAACCUUAAAUUUAUCAACAGCAAUCGAAAUUCACCAUCAAUUAAAUAAUUAAAUAAUUAAUAAUUUAACAAACAAAAAAGGCUAAAUUGUUUUAAAUAAGUUAUUGUUACUUGAUAAUUAUUAACGAAUAAUAUUUUAUAAAAUUUUACCAAUAAAAUAAAUAUGUUUUCAUUAAAAAUCCAUACAGUGAUUACAAAAUUCUUGAAAACAUUAUUAAUUCAUAAAUCCACUCAGACAAUAAUCCCUGUAAUCUUGUUUUUUUUUUGUUUUUAAAUUUAAUUAUUAAUUAUUUUUUAUAGUAGAAUAUUCAAAAGCCAUUAGUGUGGAUAUUUUAUGUAUUUGUAUUAAGUGCAUCAAACUCUUACAAUCACAUAAAUAAUCCUCUUCAAAAUAUUUGCAUACUUGAAAACUUUCCAACCAUUUAUUUUUUACGUUUUUUAUAUUUAAAAACAUAUGUUUGAUUUUCAUUGUCCUUAUUAAUUGUAUUAAUUAUCAUCAAUAAUCUUUGUAAUAAAUAUGAAAAAAAAAUAAUAAAUAACAGAUGGUUAUAGAUCAUUUGAAACAAACUGAUACUUGCUUUGAAAAAAAUAUAAUAAUAAAUAAAUUUUCUAGAGCCAUGAAUGAGAAAUAAAAUUGAGCGGGAGAUUUUUAAGUGGGAGAAUAUAAAGGCGUUUGUUGAUGAAGUAUAGAGAGUACAAACAAUCGUUGUUGGCUUUCAGGCGACGAUGUAACAAAAUAUUAUAAGUGCAAGUGUUUAUUUCAACUGACGAAACCAAAAAUUUCAACGUAAAACAAAGCUUAAACAAAAGAAAUUUAUAUAGUUUUUCUUUGAAAAUUUAAUUAUGUAAAGUUAAAAGUUUCAAGAGUUUAUUGACAAUUAAUAUUUUUAAUUUUAAAAAAUGUUCCAACUUUUGACUUGAUAUUUAUCGUAAUUUUUUUUUGAAUAGAAAAUUAAGAUAUUUUUGUUUUUUCAUUUAAACAUGACUGCAACGACAGAGAUUAUAGUCCGACCUGAUAGAAAUGUCGUGCCACGAGAACUUAAUGGAUCAUCACAAGAAAAAAAAGAAGAGACUACUAAAUUACGACAAGCAAUGCCACAAGUUUGUGCUGUUGGUGCUAAAAAUUUAUUACUACUAACAUUUGGAUCAACUCUUGGUUUUCCAACAAUUCUUAUUCCAGCAUUGAAUGAAAAAAAUUCUGAUAUAUCAGCCACUCGUAGUGAUUUAGCAUGGAUAAGUAGUAUUAAUUUAUUUGCCGUACCAUUUGGUUGUCUAUUUAGUGGACCAAUAUCAACUUAUCUUGGACGAAAAAGAACAAUGCAAUUGUCAAUGAUUCCAUUUAUAUCAGCAUGGUUAUUAUUUUACUAUUCAACAACACCAGAAAUGUUAUUUUUAGCUUUAUCAUUAACUGGUCUUACUGGUGGUCUUGUUGAAGCUCCAAUAUUAACUUAUGUUGCUGAAGUAACACAACCACAUUUACGAGGUAUGCUAUCAGCAACAUCAACAAUGGCUGUUAUUCUUGGAAUAUUUUCACAAUUUUUAACUGGAAAAUUUAUAACAAAUUGGCGAGUAAUUUGUCUUGUUAAUUUGAUAUAUCCUGUUUUGUGUUUUACUGCAUUAUCAUUGGUACCAGAAAGUCCAUAUUGGCUAACAGGCAAAGGUCGUAUACAAGAAGCUGAACGUGCUCUUUGUUGGCUAAGAGGAUGGGUAUCACCAUCUCAUAUACGUGAAGAACUACAAUCAAUUUGUAAUAUUGUACAAAAUGACAAUGUACAUGGUGUUAAAUUAAAAUCAUGGGAAGAAUAUAAAAAAAGAACAUUUAUCAUGCCAUUUAUACUUGUGAUAUUAUCAUUUUUUAUAUCAGCAUUUGGUGGUUCAGCAACACUUCAAACAUAUUCUGUACAAAUAUUUGAUGAAAUGAAAGCACCACUUGAUAAAUAUACUGCUACAGUAUUUCUUGGACUUGCUGAAUUAAUUGGAACUGCUGUUUGUGUAACAGCAAUACAUUUUACAGGAAAAAGAAUUAUUAAUUUUGCAUCAAUUAUUGGAACUGGUAUUUGUUUUUUUUCAAGUGCAUUAUAUCUUUAUUUAAUUAGACAUAAUUUAUUGGAUGCUCAUAAUUAUACAUGGAUACCAACGACAUUUUUAAUUGGAUCAGCAUUUUUAUCACAUAUGGGAAUAAGAUUGUUGGCAUGGAUUCUUGCUGGUGAAGUUUUUCCUGUUAAGGUGAGAGCAUUUGCAACUGGUGCAGCUGCUUCUAUCGGUUACAUAUUUACAUCGAUUGUAAAUAAAUCAUUUCUCGAUAUGUCUAGUGGGCUUGGUUUAUCUGGGACAUUUUUGUUUUAUGCUGGUGUUAAUUUAUUUGGUCUUAUUAUUUUAUACUUUUUACUUCCUGAAACUGAGGGUAGAACGCUACAAGAAAUUGAGGAACACUAUGCUGGCAUUCAAAAUCUCAAGUAUAAACCGAAAAACGAUAAACUAUCAAUCAAGGAAAAAUGGGCAGCAUCAAAUCAAGCAAUUUCAACUGAUAUUGAUGCGGAAAGUAAAUUAUGAGAUUUUAUGUAAAGACUUUUAAUAAAAAAAAUAUUAUUUUAAAUAUUUAAUAAAUAUUUACUGGUGUAUUGAACGUUAUUUAGAUGAACACUUGUUCAACUACUUGUUGACAUUUUCUAAAUUAUUCAUCAUAUUUUCUCUUUCUCUUUGUUCCAUAUAUUUUUGAUAAAUAAAUAAAGUAGCAGCACUUAAAACUCCA